UGUCAAAAAUUUUAGUUCGUCUCCCGAACUCGUGCGGCGAGUCGUGUUUUUGUUGUUCAACGUUAUAUAUUAAGAAAAAUAUGGCUUUACGACAAACACCGUUAACUUGCAGCGGACAUACACGUCCAGUUGUCCAUUUAGAUUUCUCGGACGUCACUGAAAGCAGCUAUUUUCUUAUUUCGGCCUGUAAAGAUGGGAAACCAAUGCUUAGGCAAGGAGAUACUGGAGAUUGGAUUGGUACAUUUGAGGGUCACAAAGGGGCUGUGUGGGGUGUUGCCCUAAAUUCAGAAGCUACCAGGGCAGCUAGUGGUGCAGCAGAUUUUACAGGCAAAGUUUGGGAUGCUAUCUCUGGAGAAGAAUUACACUCAUUCCAACACAAUCACAUAGUAAAAAGUGUAGAUUUUUCUCAAGAUUCUGCCCUCUUUGCCACGGGGAGCAAUGAAAAGUUGGUCAGGAUUUUUGAUCUUAACAAGCCUGAAGCUAGCCCAGAUAUAUUUUCUGGGCAUACAUCUGGCAUAAGACAUGUUUUAUUCUUCAGGAAUGAUACACAUUUAGUUUCUUGUGCUGAUGAUAAAACCUUAAGGGUUUGGAAUAGGUCCACAAAAGAGGAAGUUCAAAAAGUGACUUUUCCCUGUAACCCAAAUAGUCUAGAAGUAUCCAAAGAUGGUAGUGUUCUAACAGUUGCUUACUCCAAUAAAGUAGCUUUUUAUGAUGCAGAAAGUCUUAACAAAAUCAGAGAAUGUACCAUCCCAUCACCAGUGAAUUCUGCAUCAUUGCAUCCUGAUAAAAGCAUAUUUGUAGCAGGUGGGGAUGAUUUAAAAGUUUAUAAGUAUGACUACCAAACAGGAACUGAAAUUGAAUCUUUCAAAGGACAUUUUGGACCAGUGCAUUGCAUAAAAUUUUCACCAGAUGGGGAAUUAUAUGCUUCAGGCUCUGAAGAUGGUACAUUGAGAUUAUGGCAAACUACUGUGGGCAAAACUUAUGGGCUAUGGAAGUGUGUAGAAACUGGGGGGCUAAAUGACAGUUUUCAAAAGGAAGUUCAAGCAAAUUAAUUAUGUUGAUUAUAUUUGUAAAAGUUAAUUUAGUAUUUUGGAGCGGUUUCAAAAUAGAUUUAAACGCGUUUUUCAAAUAUUUAUACAAAGUUACAAAAAGCACAACUUUUAUUUAUUUUAUUUUAUAUUGAAAAUCUUAUUUAUUUAGCCCUUUUUACUUUCUGUGAAGCCUUACUUCUUUUAAGUCUGAAAUAUGUUAUAAGUAGUUUUUUUCAUGAUAUAAUGAAAAAUAGACUGAUUGGCUUCAGACAUAGCUGAACUUUAUCUUGUAAUAAAGAAACUAUUACCUA